UUUUGUCUUGAUUAGUCUUUUCUUUUUUUUUUCCUUGUUAUUACAGUGGCUACAUGUCCGAGGAAUACGCAGUAUCUAGAAUAAUGUCUGAUAAAUCUGAUCUUUUUAGCUUCGGAGUUGUUAUCCUAGAGAUUAUCAUGGAGAAGCAAAAUUUCAAGUUUUGCAACUCCUUUCCUGGCGAUAGCAUAAUCGACCUGGCAUGGCGAACAUGGAACGGAGGCAACUACCUCUCGCUAGUGAAUUCCCACUUGGAAGACGAUUCAUUAGUGGGCGAUGAAGUACUGAAAUGUCUACAGAUAGCUUUAUGCUGCCUCCAAGAUGAGGCGGGGAGCAGACCAAAUGCAGACUCCGUGGUGUUGAUGCUCAGAGGCAGGUCACCGGAUAUUCCACGACCAAUCAAGCCAAACUACUAUUAUUCAUUGAGACUCGCUAGGUUAGCUACCGCAGCGUCAUCGUCUUCUGUGUUGGUUGAAGAGACGGUAUCGACUGUGAUAAGUAGUUCUGAUGAAUCCGUUACAUUCAAUGAAUACACUGCAACUGUCAUUAACUCUCGCUAAGUGGUGUUUUCAUUAUUUAUUAAAUAUUGUUUUUCACUGCACUUAUGAUGAGCAAGAAAAUAUUGAUGUACCAGCUGGGUUGUAAAGGGCACUCAUAAUUCUGUGUCUUGCAAGAAACAAUGUUUACGUUU